AAUUAAAAUUAUACUGUGCUUAAAAUUCUUAGUCUCUUUUUAAAUAAAAUUACAAUAUUUUGCAUUAUUUAAAGGCUGCCGGAAAGUAUAUCUCGUUUAGUGUAAUAAAGUUUGGCAUCACUGUUGUUUUACGAGAAUUCAGAAUUGCAAGGAAAUAAAAACAAAUACGAAGAAAUCUGAAAGUCUAUCUUAAGAAGAUCUUUAAAAAUGGGUAGCCCUCACUGUGCCAGUAGCACAAAAGAAUUUGAAGUAACGGGAGUGUCUCGUAGUGGCCGCGUUCGUAAAAAGUCAUCUAAAUUGUUAGAUUUUCAGUCACCAGACGAAGUCGAGAAGAAACUGAAACGUUCUACACCGCGUUCAGUGGUAAAACACGGUGGAAGGGGACGUCCUAGUCUUGCUACUUUAAGAGCUCGUCGCAUGAAAGAAUCAAAAAAUGAAAAUGAGAUCACCGAUUGUAGAGAUAACGGGCUUGACGACGAUGACAUUGAUUUGGAUUCAAAUGCUAGUGACGACGACGAUGUUUUAUCCCCUAAUAUGGAGAAUAGUAGCAGCUUAACGGUUGCAGCAGAUUCGGAUGAUGAUGGGUUUGGGGAAUUGGUAGCUGAUUUAGUGGGUGCGAACACUCAAAAUCUUGAAAUUAAUUCUGGAAAUCCCGAGUCCAAAGUUAGGCAAUCUCUAUAUAUGUCAGAAAAUAAUAAUAAACGUAAAGACGGCCGUGUCGAACGUAAAGAUAAGGGGAAAGCUCGAUAUACAGCUUACAGCUUAUGGGCCCGGGAAAUACGUAGGACAUCAAAAAUUGAUUUAGAUUUUUCGAACGCUGCGAAGCGAUUAAGCGAAUUGUGGGCUAAUGUGUCCAAUAAAGAGAAAAAUUCAUGGCGACGCAAAGCUAAAAUGCAGGCCACUAAAGCCAAAGCUAGAGAAAAGGCUGGCAUGCAAAAUACGAGCAACUUUAGUCAAGGAGAAAAAAUUCAACAACUACAGACUACUUCAUUUAUUAACAGACCUACAACUAACCGCACUAGAAAGUUAGCUGAAGAUAAACGUAAGGCAAGAGAUGCGACAAAUAUUGAAAACGUAUCCAGUUCAACCAAACGUCAAAGAAAUAAUCCUUAUAGAAAACAUCAGAAUUCUACUCCAAACAAGUCUAAUUCAAACACCUUGACUAAUGGGAAAGCUUCACCCAGUGGUUAUGGAAAUGGGGUAUUAAAUGCUGCGAAAGGGUUAAGUAGUAUGAGAACUCCUUUGCCAGGCAUAGAACCAAUCGAUGCUGCUGCUCAUUUGAAGUUGUUAGGUGAAAGUUUAACAAUUAUCGGUGAACGUUUAAAAGAGCACGAUGGCCAAAUUGCUGUCUCAGCUAGUUUAUCAGUAUUGCUGGAUAGUCUUUUAUGUUCCUUGGGACCACUGCUCUGUCUCACUACACGUUUGCCUGGCCUGGACAAGAAACCGCAAUUGAAAAACAAUUUAGCCUUAACUUUGGAUAAUAUUGCUUAUGUUAUGCCGGGGGUCUAGAAUUUAGCACUUGCGAUUUUAAAUCAGUAGCAGAAUAAUAUAUUUUUUAUGUAUGUAUUUUAAAGCGAAUAUGUAUUUACAUAAGCACGAAUGUUUAGCUUUUUAUUUGAUUUGAGAAAAAAGUAAUUUUUUUAUUACAAAUUUAACAAAAGAUAAACAAACAAGUUUAUAACUUUGAAUUUUGUCGAUUUUUAACACACUUACUGAACACAUCAUAAGAAACAGGAAUGCAUAAACAUACACAACCCGAAUUAGUAUAAGAGGAAACUAAAUUUAGAUCAAAAUGUACAUAAAAUAACAAGGACAAAUGUUUAAUUAAUGAAAA